UUAUGUGGUUUAUCUCGUGUUUGCAACGCCACCACCCUGUAAGCCAAUUGGUAAAACUACUAGCAGUGUGGCUUUUAAACACUGACUCAACCAAACCCCAGCAGUAUGUUUGCAAAGGGAGGCCGCACCUCCAGCACCUGAGGGCGCAGGUCGACCUCCUCCUCGGUCUCCAUCACUUGAGCCCUGACAGGAGGCCGCCAUGCAGCGGGACACGGCACACAUGAGAUACCUUCUACUCUGGCUGCUUUUUGCACACACAUCAGCGGAUUUGCCCAUGUGCACAGAGUCAGAUUAUCACUUUGAGUACACAGAGUGUGACGUCCUGGGCUCUCGGUGGAGGGUGGCCAUUCCCAACAAGGCUGACACAUGCACAGGCCUCCCAGAUCCAGUGAAAGGCACUCAGUGCACAUUUUCCUGCAAUGAGGGGGAGUUUUUGGACAUGCGGACUCAGCAGUGCCAGAAGUGUGCAGCAGGCACAUACUCACUGGGCACUGGUGUGGCCUUUGAUGAGUGGGACAGCCUCCCCACGGGUUUUGUCACUCUUGGGAUGAACACAAACGGCUGGGAUGUCCACACAGACUGCUCCAACUCCACGUGGACACCAAUGGGCGAUUACAUAGCGUCCAACACAGACGAGUGCUCGGCGACACUGACAUACUCUGUGGACCUGAAGAAAGAAGGAAUUGUGUCUUUUGAGUAUUUCUAUCCGGAAAGCAGCAUCUACUUUGAGUUUUUUGUCCAAAAUGACCAGUGUCAAUCAACAGACUCUGCAAGGCGGUGGAUGAAAAUCUCUGAAAGUGACUGGAGCCAGCACAGGGUCAAGCUUAACAAAGGCAACAACGUACUAUUUUGGAGAACGACAGCAUACGCUAUGCAAGACAGCGCCGUCAAACCUGUGCUGCUACGAAACAUUACCAUCUCAGGUGUGGCCUACACAUCGGAGUGUUUUCAUUGUAAGCCUGGUACGCACAGUGCAAAGCAGGGAUCUGCCCACUGUUCCCCCUGUCCUGCUGAUACCUACUCCAACAAGGGGGCCACUGUUUGCCAGGAGUGUGAACUUGAUAAAUAUGCAGAGGUUGCAUCAGGAAGCUGCAAACAGAGACCUCCAUGUACAAACAAUGACUACUUCUAUACACACACCCCAUGUGACUCUGAGGGGAAGACUCGGCUGAUGUACAAAUGGAUCGAGCCUAAAAUUUGCAGUGAGAGCUCGGAGGGGUCCGUGAAGCUACCUGCGUCAGGAGAGAAGCAAACAUGUCCGCCUUGUAACCCGGGGUUCUUUUUUACCAACUCCUCUGCCUGUGAAGCCUGCAUGGAGAACUUCUACUCAAAUGGAACAGUCUGUCAGAAGUGCCCUGUCGGCACAGAACCAUCGGUGGGUUUUGAGUACAAAUGGUGGAACACAAUGCCAACCAACAUGAAGAGUUCUGCCUUACAUGGCUUUGAUGACUCCAUGCGAAGCACCGCAUGGGAGGUAGCAGGAGAGUAUGUGUACACCACCCCAGGGUAUCGGGACACAGACUACCUCACCCUUUCACUCAGUGUUCCUGGAUACAGGCUGCCACAGUCCGUCGUCGCAAAAGAAAGCGAGCGGAGUGAACUCUCGCGCAUCACGUUUGUCUUUGAAACCUCAUGUUCUGCACACUGCAUGUUUUAUUUCCUGGCGGGCUCCAAUCAGUGGAACAACAACGUGGUAGAGCAGUGGAAGGGCAGCAAUAGGAAGCAGUCGUACUCCUACCUGAUUCAGAGCAACAGGACCGUUACCUUCACCUGGGCUUUCCAAAGAACAGAUGACGACACAACAGAAAGGAAAUACAGUGCUGAUAUAGCAAAGAUCUACUCCAUCCACAUCACAAAUGUGAUUGGCGGUGUGGCCUCGCAGUGUCGCCAGUGUGCCCUGACUUCCACUGACUCCGCCUGUGUCCCCUGCCCGUUGGGACAAUACAUGCAGGGUGGCGAUGGGACGUGUGAGAGCUGCCCUCCUAACUCCUUCAUCAGAGCUGAGCAGCCUGUCGGAGGGGCAGCUUGUGCCCAGUGUGGCCCAAACACAAAGACAAAUAAGGCCUACACAGCGUGCCUCAGUGACUGUAUGGUGGAUGUGCAGACAGCAGGAGGUGCUCCACUGCACUACAACUUCUCUCCUUUAUCAAACGUCACCUCCUUCCACAGCAGCCCUCGCUUCACCAGCAAAGGACUGCGAUACUUCCAUCACUUCAAUGUUGCUCUUUGUGGGAAAGAGGGCAGAGUGCCGGCAACCUGUGUGGACAAUGUGACAGAGAACAGCAGAGAGGUCAGUGGUCAUGUUUGCCAGUCCACUGUGGUUCCCUCAGACAUCAGGAGUCAGAGCAUGGUGUCAUCACAGCCAUUCGUCAUUGGUGACUUUCUCAUUGGUAUAACCACUGACACCACUCUGGGCAACAUCUCCUCUCCACAGUGGCUCUUCCCCUCUACUUCAUCUGAUUUGCCAGAUGUUAUAUUCUAUUUCCAGUCCACUGAGACGACUCAGGCUUGUAAACAAGGCCGGUCGGCCACCUUUAGGCUGAGAUGCGACCCAACAGUGAUUGCCACAGACCACAUCACACUGCCUAGUAACUGCUCAGAGGGGACAUGUGACGGUUGUACUUUCCACUUCCUUUGGCGGAGUCAGCAUGCGUGUCCACAUUGCACCAAAAACAAUUACAGAGAGAUUGUUAGCGCUUGCAUCCAGGGAAUACAGAAAACAACGUAUGUGUGGCAGCAGCCAUUACAAUGUCACGGUGGAGUGGCCCUACCGGCCCAAAAAGUCAACGCUUGCGUGACUCUGGAUUUUUGGCUCAAGUUCGGGGUUUCCACAGGAGCGAUUGCUGCUGCCCUGCUCGUCACCCUCAUCUGUUACUUCUGGAAGAAGACGCGCAAGUUGGAGUACAAGUACUCCAAGCUGAUGAUGAGUUCCGGGAGCAAAGAAUGUGAGCUUCCCACUGCAGACAGCUGUGCAAUAAUGGAGGGAGAGGAUGCAGAGGAUGACUUUAUUGACCUCACCAAGAAGUCCUUCUUCACCAAAAUUAAGUCCUACUCUCGAGAGAGAACAUCGGAUGGAUUUGAUUCAGUGCCUUUAAAGUCGUCACCUUCCCACCUGCAAAGAGAGGAGGAUGAUUCUGAAGAUGCUUGAAACAACGAGGGAAUUCAUUACUGCAGCAGAAGGCAGUUGUGAAUGCAUUUUCAUAUGGCAACAGACAGAGGGAGUGUAAAGAUUUUUUAAUGCCAAAGUUUCACCUUUUUUGUAAAUUUUGACAUUUUACAUGACUGCAUUUGUCCUCCAGUCUGUUUUAAUUAUUACUUAGCUAGCUUGUGUUUUGUAUUAGAGCAACAUUUCCAUUUUAAUGGAAUUUGACUACGUGUAAAAUGUUUGGAUUUGCUUGUUUGAUCCUGUUUGGUCUUUUAUUUUCUACAAUAAAACAAUGUUUCUUUCAAAAAAAGUUAAUGCAUCUUUUACAGUUUUUAGAUUGAUGCUGUAUUUAUUUUGUGUAUUAACUUAUUCUGCCUUGACACAAGUCAAAUAGAACAUGUGCGUGCACAUGUGAUAACUGUCAUGCCUGUCGCCGGCAGUGGGGAUGCUGGUCCGGCUUCGCCAUUCGUCCCGUUGGGGGGGGGCAAGCCCAGUGACCCUCCGCCGAUCCUCCCUCCACAGAUCCGUUCUGUGGGGGGGGGGAUACUGUCAUGCCCUGCAGGACAGGAGCAAGCGCCUCCUGUCCUGCUCUCUUAUUUUGGUGGGCUGUACUUCCUGCUGGGAGGAAGAGACAGCCACUUCACUCCUGGUUUUCGUGCAGCUGGCAUGAAUUAUCAUCAGUGGCGGUUAAAAGGCCAGCAUCGUCAGACGUACGCUGCUGGUUCACUGUUCCUCGUCUCCGCACCGGUGCGAUCACCUGGAGUUACUUACCUGUUGAUACUUUUGAAUGUGUUGCUGUCCACAGAGCUUUUUCCUCUGUCGCUUUCUGUUU